UGAGAUCUUCUAAAGAAUCCGAUCAAUCAAGUUCUAGUGAUGAUUCUGAAGUGAGUGAUACUAUAACUUCGACUUCAAAGGAGAAUGAGAAAUUAGCGAAUCAAUGUGAAUCGGAAGUUACUAGUACAAUGGAGAAUAGUUCAGAAGGUUGUAGUAAAAGAGGGAAGGUAUUGAGUAUGAGUAUGAGGAAAAGGUCUACGCUUCUUUAUUGGUUGAUAGAUAAUCAAGUUUUGGCUUCAGGGACUAAUGUGUUAUGUCGUGGUGGUAAUGAUAUAGUCAAAAAAGGGAGUAUAUUUAGUGAUGGUAUAAUUUGUGAUUGUUGUCAAGAGAGUUUCACUAUGACUGCAUUUGAGGCUCAUGCUUGUUGUACAAGGCAUAGACCGUCUAGUAGUAUUUUCUUAGAAGACGGGAGGUCGUUGUCUGAAUGUCAAAGAGAGGCUCUGAGUUUACGUGGUGAAAAGAUGGAAAGAUACAACGAUACUAUUUGUUUGGUUUGUGGUUUAGGAGGUGACUUAAUACUAUGCGAUCAAUGUCCUUCUUCGUUUCACCUUGGUUGCUUAGGUCUUGAUCGAGUUCCGGAUGGUGAUUGGUUUUGUCCGACUUGUUGUUGCAAAAUAUGUCAUCAACCAAAAUGUGAACAAGAAGAAGGUCCGGAUCAGAAGGAUAGUAACGUUGUUAUUAUGUGUGUUCAAUGUGAGCAAAAAUUUCACUUUGGAUGCUUAAAGGCUAUAGGAUUUGGUGACAUGGAGGGCAAUGCUGAAAAGAAGAAUUGGUUUUGUAGCGUAGAUUGUGGGAAAAUAUUCGUAUCUCUAAAAAAUAUGUUAGGUAAACCAAUCAAGAUUGCAAAUGAUCUAACUUGGACAUUGUUUAAGAAUGUGAGUAAUGGUGAUGAUGAUCAUGGUGGAGAUUUUACUUCUGAUGAGGUUAGUCAAAAGGAGAGUAAGUUGAAUGCAACUCUUGGUGUAUUGCGUGAGAGUUUCGACCCAAUUGUUGAUGUUAUAACCAAAAGAGAAUUGGUUGAAGAUAUUGUUUUUAGUAGAUACUCAGAACAUAACCGAUGUAACUUUAGUGGUUUCUAUAAUGUGAUUUUAGAGAAAAUGGAUGAAGUGAUUUCAGUGGCAACUAUAAGAAUUUAUGGUUCAAAUGUUGCAGAAAUAGUUUUUGUGGCUACCAAAAAACAACAUAGAAGACAAGGGAUGUGUUGGUUGUUGAUGGAUGAGCUUGAGAGACAGUUGACUUGCUUGAAAAUAAGGAGCUUGGUUUUGCAUUCCUCUAAAAGUACUAUAAACACCUGGACAAAAUCCUUUGGGUUUGCGAUAAUGUCUGGUCACGACAAGCGUCGAUUUAUUAAUCAUACUCUUUUAGAAUUUCAAAAUACUAUCAUGUGUCUUAAAUCACUUGAUAGACGGGUAUGACCGUGUAUUGUGUGAUGAUAGUUAUAUUAUGUCAAUGAUACAAUUGUUUUUGAUGGUAUAACUCAU